UUAAUAUUAUUUAUAUGUAUUUUCAGAGAAGACGUAUAGAAUUACUUUCUUUUCAAUGAUAUCUUUAUGUCUUAUGAUAUGACGACUCAUUAAAAUACCCAGAAAAUAAUAUUAAUUCGUUAAUAAAAUAAGGAAUAUAUAUAUACACAUUUUUUGUUAAUUAGAAAAAAUAAUUCGUACUUCGAGACUUGUAAGUCCCAACGAAUAAACCCGUUAUGUCCAGACGGAGAAAUCCGUUUCGACAAAGCCAAUAACACAGCGGCGUGCCACCUUUUCGGUGUCACCUUUCUCUUCGCAGCCGCCUGGGGUCCGUGAGGGUCCCCUGACGGCGGUCUCCUCUCUCCCGAGUCUCUCUCCGUCCUCGUCUUUCAUCCUCUCUUUUUCCCUCCUCUCGCACAUUCACCUGGCAACCUGGCUCACCUGAAACGGCCAUCUUGAAGCGCGCCGUCGUAUCGCGCUCCUCGUCUUUCCACCAAGUCGCAUUUUCCGCCUGUCCUUGUAGCCGGCCGUGCCGUCGCAUGUGCCGUGGCCGCAUGUGCAAUACCUCGCGACGUGCAGCAAGGCACCAGCGAUCGCGCCGGGUAACAUUCGCCGUGCUUCAAUCGUGCCGUCCACCUGGCCCGCGUCUUCUUUUCCUUCGCCGCGCAUUCCGAUGAGGUCCUGACGUUGCUGACGUCACUGGUGUUCUCUUUGGAAUUUUUUCAACAUUCCCGAGGAAGUGCCGCUUCCGUUACGGUCACUCCGUUCUUAUCUGUGUUCGAGCGGAGGAAAGGUACUCACGCCUAACAACGUGGGUGAACGUGCCUGAACGUAAAUGUCACGGACGGCGCAGCCGUUGGUUCGACGCGGGUACGAGCGUGCGAUCGUUUUGCCAGUCCCGGGCGCACAGUGCGACCGGCGAUGUGAUUAAGAGACGGGCUGGGAAGUGAAUAGAAGAGUCUAUUGUGUAAACCAAGAAAAGAAGAAAGACAAGUUCCCCCGAAUUUCGGAGAAAAUCCACCGUCAGGAUUCGCGAAGGGAGCGCGACUUAAUCGCAAAAUCGUCGUGCCUGCGCAGUGCGCUCGUUAGCGAAAGUACGGUUCUUUGUUCGUUGCGGGAAGUUACCUCCGCGAGCGAGACACGCGCGUCUUUUACACACGGCCGGUCCCAUUGUUGUCGAACAAUUGGACCUCGUGGAGCGAGCGACGUUUCCAAGAGCGACGACCUUCUCUCGGUGUGAUAACCGCCCGCGAGUCGCGCCGCGAGAGGAGAAUCGGCGAGAGGAAACCGCUCAGAGGUCUCUCAACAUCUCUCGAUCUCCCGUCGAUUUAAUCGGUGAUUUACUUAACGUCUCGCGGUCGCGCCUGCGUUCCGCGUACGGAAUUCGCGGCGCUGAUGUUACGGUCGAACGGUUACGCGAGGUGGAAUCGCUGUUAAACGACGCGCCGCGCCGGCGAUCGGGACGAUCAAGUUCGCGCUGAAAAUCCGGGAAAUCGAGAAACUCGGCCGGCAAUUGUCAGAGAUGGGUUCGAAGAUCGAGUACGUCGAGUCCUCGCACAUGUACGCGACCAAUUACAUCCGCAAUUCCAAGGCGAUCGGCGUGCUGUGGGGCAUCUUCACCAUAUGCUACGCCAUCAUCGGCGUCGUCGCGUUCGUCACCCCGGAAUGGCUCGGCGAUCUGGAGCACGAGAAUCCCGGGAGAUUCGGUCUGUGGACCAGGUGCAGCUACGGCGGUAACGGCGAGCUAGGCGAGGAAUGCAUCGGCCGGCUGGACGACCUGUCGAGCAUCGCCAACGUUCCCUUCCGAGCCAGCACGAUUCUAGUCGGCAUCGCGGUGAUAAUCGCGCUACUGGCGAUCUGCGCGAUGCUCAUGUUCUUCUUCUGCCAGAGCACCACCGUGUUCUACAUGUGCGCCUGGAUGCAAGUGGUGUCAGCAAUUUGCAUGGCGAUCGGAGUGUGCAUUUAUCCUCUCGGCUGGGACUCGCCGGUGAUCCGCGCCGUAUGCGGCGCAGCGGCAUCCAGAUACAAUCCCGGGGCGUGCGCUGUGAGAUGGGCGAUACCGUUGGCUGCGAUCGCGGCUCUGGACGCGGCUACUUUGUCCGCCCUCGCCUUCAUUUUGGCCUCCAGACACGUGAGGCUACAACCGGAGCCUUUCAACAACGGAUCCUUGUACAAAGGCGAAGUAAAUCCGGGCUACGUGAACGAGGCUCAGAGCGUAGCUGGCUCCCGCAAGUCCUUGUCCUUGAGACCGGUUCUCCUAGUGGCGCCGCCCGAACAGGACCGCUACAGCGAGCUCUCCAGAGCGAAGUCGCACUCCCAUCACAGUCUCUACACACCGGCGCCGUCGCAUCCGGUGCAUACUCUGUCUACGAAUACUCUCAAUCAUUCGCAGCACAACUUUCAGCUUUAAGCCGGCUGACCGUUGCGAAUAAAAAGGAUAAAAAAAUGGGCCUGUACAUAGCCGAUGAAAUAUGAGGAUAUAUUGUACAUAAGAUGAACCGGCGGAGCGUGAAACUUUGCUGGAAUUUGCGCGAAUCGAGCGCAAUUGCUCGGUCAUCGUUUUUUUUUGCGAUGUUUCUACGAAUGGAAUUUCUGUUCGUGACGAUGAAACUACUGUAAAACAGCAUACGACUGACAGCUGUUUCAUUCAACGACUGAACAUUUAUUAUACCGUGUGCCGUGAACAUUCCUACUUCUACGUGGUGUAUUUUUAGUCUACCUUAUCGAUAUAAAAAGAACGUGCCGAAAAGAACUGUCUUCCUUAGAUUGUAGACUUUUUACAAAUAUACAAUUAUUAUAUGAAUAAGUAUCGCGAAGGUAAUAAGAGACUACAGGAAAUCUAUUAAACGUGAAAUUAAAUAUCGUUUAAUUAUGUUAACUUGUGAAAUAAUCUCUUUUAUUAAUGGCAAAUGGAAUAUUUUUUCCAUUAAAAUCUCUUAACUCUACCCUAAGAAUCUCAUGUUUGUAUUUAUAUAUUAAUAUAUAUUACAUUUAUGUAAUUAGAAAGAUUAAUCGAGCAAUUUCGUAGUUAGUUUUGAAAUAGCUGUAUAUUAAGUUUUCUAAACAUCGUCGUGCAAUGCCUAUGUUAAAUGAUAAUUCGACAGAAAAUUACACUAAAAGUUUUAUAGACACUAUAAUCCGUGCCGUAUUAUCGGAGCAAUAUAUAUAUUAUUCAUAUUACGUAAUUAUUUAAGUCCCUAAGUACUUAUUGAUGUGCCUUUACGAUGUAGUAUCGAGAAUAACUAUGAAUUAAAUUUUUUUGUCAUGAA